AUGAAUAAGCCAUUGAUUGCACUUCUUACAACUGUUCUCCAUGCAACAACAAGCUACUUAGGCUAAGAAGAUCCCCUAAGAACAUUGUAUUAAGAAUGGAAAUAAAAAUAUGAAACUAGAUAUACUAGCUAAUUUGAAGAUGAAUACAGAUUUGAAAUCUUCAAAUAAAAUUACAACUACUAUCAAGAAGUAAAUAGCAGGCAGUCCAACUACACCCUUGGAAUAAAUCAGUUCGCUACCCUAACAGAUGAAGAAUUCGAAUCAAUUUACCUGAUUUUUCUCCUAUUGAGGUUGAUGAAUCUAUUACUUCAUUUAAUUUUCCUGAAUCUGUUGAUUGGUCAUCAAAAAUUAAUCCAAUUAAGAACCAAGGUACAUGUGGAUCAGGCUGGUCAUUCUCAGCCUUUGGUGCUUUUGAAGCCUUUUUCAUCUUUGUUAAGGGAACACAUUAGUUGAUUGUGAAACAUCUUCACAUGGAUGUGAUGG